GCCAGAGGAGGGAUCCACGUCCCCUUGCAGCGGCGCGGGCGCGAUCCGAGUGCAAGGCGGGCGGCGGCGGCGAGCCGAGCCGAGCCGAGCCGCGAGCGCUUGGCCGAGGACGAAGGCAGAGCCCCCGCCCGUGCCACCGGGGGCAAGAUGCGGCCCGGCGGGCUGCUGCUGAGGCUCGCCCUGGGAUGUACCGUGCUGCUGGGCUCCUGCUCCUCCCCGGCCGAAGGGGCUGUCGAGGGCACUCUGGACGCGGGCGCCCCCCCCGCCGCCGCCGCCGUCGUCUCCGCGAAGGAAAGCAGCAGCCGAGCCAGCCGGGCUAAGAGGCGAGGGCAGGCGGGAGGCGCCGCGGGGCACGAUGCGCUCAAAGGGCCCAAUGUAUGUGGAUCACGUUACAAUGCCUACUGUUGUCCUGGAUGGAAGACUUUACCUGGUGGAAACCAGUGCAUAGUCCCCAUUUGUAGACAUUCUUGUGGAGAUGGAUUUUGCUCAAGACCGAACAUGUGUACGUGUCCAAAUGGCCAGAUCGCCCCGUCCUGUGGCUCAAAAUCAGUGCAACACUGCAACAUCAGGUGCAUGAACGGAGGAAGCUGCAGUGAUGACCACUGUCUCUGCCAGAAGGGAUACACGGGAACACACUGUGGACAACCUGUCUGUGAAAGCGGGUGCCUUAACGGAGGGAGAUGUGUCGCACCAAACCGAUGUGCCUGCACUUACGGCUUUACUGGGCCUCAGUGCGAAAGAGAUUAUAGGACUGGCCCAUGCUUCACGUUGGUAACCAACCAGAUGUGCCAGGGACAGCUCAGCGGGAUAGUCUGCACAAAAACCCUCUGCUGUGCGACGGUUGGCAGAGCGUGGGGCCACCCCUGUGAAAUGUGUCCGGCUCAACCUCAUCCCUGUCGCCGAGGCUUCAUUCCAAACAUACGAACGGGAGCUUGUCAAGAUGUGGAUGAGUGCCAAGCUAUCCCUGGGAUCUGUCAAGGGGGAAAUUGCAUUAAUACUGUUGGCUCCUUUGAGUGCAAAUGCCCAGCUGGACAUAAGUUUAAUGAAGUGACACAAAAAUGUGAUGAUAUUGAUGAGUGCAGUGCCAUCCCUGGAAUCUGUGAAGGAGGAGAAUGUUCCAACACCGUCAGCAGUUACUUUUGCAAAUGCCCUUCUGGAUUUUACACAUCGCCAGAUGGCUCCAGAUGCAUAGAUGUACGUCCUGGAUACUGCUUUUCCUCGCUCACCAACGGCCGCUGCAGCAACCAGCUCCAGCAGGUGUUAACCAAAAUACAGUGCUGUUGUGACUCGGGACGAUGUUGGUCUCCUGGAGCAACAAGUGCCCCAGAAAUGUGUCCCAUCCGUUCUACUGAGGAGUUCCGCAAAUUAUGCAUACUUGGCAGCCUGAUGCCAGGCAGACCGGAAACACCGGGCAUCCCCGUCUUCCCACCUGACAUAUUUCAACCAGUAUUGCCACCAGAGCCCGUGCCAUCCCACAGACCACCAAUACCAGGUAUCGUAUCAGUUAACGUCACACGACCUCAAGUGAACUUCUGCCAGCUGUACCAGAAUCUCUGCAUUAAUGGACGCUGUGUCCCAACCCCUGGGAGUUAUCGCUGUGAAUGCAGGAAAGGAUUUGAACUGGACCUCAGAGGGGAAUGCAUUGACAUUGAUGAGUGUGAGCGGAAUCCCUGUAUCGGCGGAGACUGUGUAAACACACAAGGAUCUUACAUAUGCCAGUGCCGACCUGGAUAUCAGAGCACCUUGAUGAGGACUGAAUGCCGAGAUAUUGAUGAAUGCUUGCAGAAUGGCCGGAUAUGUAACAACGGGCGGUGCAUAAACACAGAUGGCAGUUUUCACUGUGUUUGCAAUGCUGGAUUUCACGUGACAGCUGAUGGGAAGAACUGCGAAGAUAUGGAUGAAUGCAGCAUACGGAAUAUGUGCUUGAAUGGCAUGUGCAUCAAUGAAGAUGGAAGUUUUAAGUGCAUUUGCAAACCUGGUUUCCAGCUGGCUUCAGAUGGACGUUACUGCCGAGACAUCGACGAGUGUGAGACACCUGGAAUAUGCAUGAACGGGCGCUGCGUCAACACCGAUGGAUCCUUCAGGUGCGAGUGUUUCCCUGGCCUUGCCGUGGGCUUGGAUGGACGUGUGUGUGUGGAUACACAUAUGCGGAGCACAUGCUAUGCGGAAUACAGGAGAGGCCAGUGCGCUAAGCCGUUAUCUGGAGCAGUUACGAAGUCGGAAUGCUGCUGUGCCAGCACGGACUAUGCCUUUGGGGAGCCCUGCCGCCCCUGCCCUGCGCAGAGCUCAGAUGAGUAUCACGGCCUUUGUAGUAGUGGCCCAGGCAUUACUGCAACAGGAAUCGAUAUCAAUGAAUGUGCACUGAACCCUGACAUUUGUCCAAAUGGAAUCUGUGAAAAUCUACGUGGAACAUACAAAUGUGUCUGCAAUUUUGGGUACGAAGUGGAUUCAACUGGGAAAAACUGCUUAGACAUUGAUGAAUGCGCCUUGAAUACCUUGCUUUGUGACAACGGACAAUGCAGAAACACCCCUGGAAGCUUCACGUGCACCUGCCCUAAGGGGUUUGUAUACAAGCCAGAUCUGCAGACAUGUGAAGAUAUUAAUGAGUGUGAAUCCAGCCCCUGUGUUAAUGGAGUGUGCAAAAAUACUCCUGGCUCUUUUGUCUGUGAAUGUUCCCCCGAAAGUUCUCUGGAUGCAACAAAAACCAUCUGCAUUGAGACCGUUAAAGGCACGUGUUGGCAGACCAUAGUGAAUGGAAGAUGUGAAAUUAAUAUCAAUGGGGCCACCCUAAAAUCUCAGUGCUGCUCUUCACUCGGUGCGGCCUGGGGGAGUCCCUGUGUUCAGUGUGAACGAGAUCCAAUCUGUUCCAAGGGAUUCUCAAGGAUAAGUGGAACUUUGUGUGAAGAUGUCAACGAGUGUGAAGUGUUUCCCGGAGUGUGCACAAAUGGACAGUGUGUCAAUACCAGGGGAUCCUUUAUUUGCCAGUGUCCCAGUGGAAUGACUUUGGAUGCAACUGGACGGAGGUGUAUUGAUAUUCGCCUGGAAACGUGCUACUUGAAACAUGACGACGAAGACUGUACGGCACCAAUAGGAGGGCGACAUCGGCUGGAUUCUUGCUGCUGUUCUGUUGGAGCAGCCUGGGGCCCGGACUGUGAUGAAUGCCCUGCAAGAGGAACACCUGAGUAUGAAGCUCUUUGUCCAAGAGGGCCUGGAUUCUCUACCAGAGGAGAGGUUAUAAAUGGAAAACCAUUCUUCAAAGAUAUCAAUGAAUGCAAAAUGAUUCCAAGCCUCUGCACCUACGGAAAAUGCAGAAACACCAUUGGCAGUUUCCGAUGUAAAUGUGACAGUGGGUUUGCCCUUGAUUCUGAAGAGAGGAACUGUACAGAUAUUGAUGAAUGCCGCAUCUCUCCCGAUCUGUGUGGCCAAGGCAUCUGUGUCAACACCCCUGGAGACUUCCACUGUGAAUGCUUUGAGGGCUAUGAAAGUGGAUUUAUGAUGAUGAAGAAUUGCAUGGACAUCGAUGAAUGUGAAAGAAACCCUCUGUUGUGCAGGGGCGGCGUUUGCAUAAACACGGAAGGAAGUUACAAGUGUGAUUGCCCUCCGGGUCAUCAGCUGGCUGCGAACAUCUCGGCUUGCAUAGAUGUUAAUGAAUGUGACCUGAGCAUGAACCUGUGUAGGAAUGGACGUUGCAUGAACCUCGUUGGGAAGUACCAGUGUGCCUGCAAUCCUGGAUAUCAGUCUACACCUGACAGAUUGUUCUGUGUUGAUAUUGAUGAAUGCAGCAUAAUGAAUGGCGGCUGUGACACGUUUUGUACAAACUCGGAAGGCAGCUAUGAAUGUAGCUGUAGGACAGGAUUUGCACUCAUGCCGGACCACCGCACUUGUACCGAUAUCGACGAGUGUGAAGAGAAUCCCAACAUCUGUGAUGGAGGCCAGUGUACUAACAUACCUGGUGAAUACAGGUGUCUUUGUUAUGAUGGGUUUAUGACAUCUGAGGAUAUGAAGACUUGUUUAGAUGUUAAUGAAUGUGAACUAAAUCCAAAUAUCUGUCUGAGUGGAAGCUGUGAGAAUACAAAAGGAUCUUUUAUCUGCCACUGUGAUCUGGGUUACUCUGGCAAGAAAGGAAGAACUGGUUGCACAGAUGUCAAUGAGUGUGAAAUUGGAGCCCAUAAUUGUGACCGAAAUGCUAUAUGUACCAACACUGCUGGAAGUUUCAAAUGCAGUUGCAGUCCUGGUUGGCUUGGAGAUGGUAUCAAAUGUACAGAUCUCGAUGAAUGCUCCAAUGGGACACACAUGUGCAGCCCACAUGCCGAUUGCAAGAAUACCAUGGGAUCAUACCGUUGUUUAUGUAAAGAAGGGUACACGGGAGAUGGGUUCACAUGUACAGAUCUUGAUGAAUGCUCUGAAAAUCUGAACCUCUGCGGAAACGGUCAAUGCUUAAAUGCCCCAGGAGGUUAUCGCUGUGAAUGUGAUAUGGGAUUUUUGCCAAGCUCGGAUGGGAAAGCAUGUGAAGAUAUUGAUGAGUGCACCCUUGCCAACAUUUGUGUCUUCGGGACGUGCCACAACCUCCCGGGCUUGUUCCGAUGCCAGUGUGAGACAGGCUACGAAUUGGACAGAAGCGGCGGUAACUGCACAGACAUCAACGAGUGUGCAGACCCAACGACCUGCAUCAGUGGCACUUGCCUCAAUAUCCCAGGCAGUUAUACCUGUGAGUGCCCCCCCGAUUUCGAGCUGAACCCCACACGUGUUGGAUGUGUUGAUACCCGCUCUGGCUACUGUUACUUGGACAUUAAGCCUCGAGGAGAUAAUGGAGAUACUGCCUGCAGCAAUGAAAUCGGGGUUGGUGUUUCCAAGGCCUCUUGCUGUUGCUCCCUCGGUAAAGCUUGGGGGAUCCCCUGUGAGCAGUGCCCGGCGGUGAACUCAACUGACUACAAGCUGCUCUGUCCUGGAGGAGAGGGAUUCCGGCCCAAUCCUAUUACAGUUAUUUUGGAGGAUAUUGAUGAGUGUCAGGAGCUGCCUGGGCUUUGCCAAGGAGGACAGUGUAUCAAUUCAUUCGGAAGCUUCCAGUGUCAGUGUCCAUCUGGCUACUACCUGAAUGAGGAGACUCGAGUGUGUGAUGAUAUUGAUGAAUGUUCUACACCUGGCAUCUGUGGUCCUGGGACUUGCUACAACACCAUAGGAAACUACACCUGUAUUUGUCCUCCUGACUACAUGCAAGUCAACGGUGGGAACAACUGCAUGGAUAUGAGGAGGAGUCUCUGCUACCGGAACUAUUACGCCGACAAUCAAACUUGUGAUGGAGAGCUGCUCUUCAACAUGACGAAAAAAAUGUGCUGCUGCUCCUACAACAUCGGGCGGGCCUGGAACAGACCUUGCGAACAGUGCCCCAUCCCAAGCACUGAUGAAUUUUCAACCCUCUGUGGAAGUCAAAGGCCUGGUUUCUUCAUAGACAUUUUCACAGGAUUACCAGUUGAUAUUGAUGAGUGCCGUGAGAUCCCCGGUGUCUGUGAGAACGGUGUCUGCAUAAACCUGGUCGGCAGUUUCCGAUGUGAAUGUCCAGGAGGUUUCUUCUACAACGACAAGCUACUGAUCUGCGAAGAUAUUGAUGAAUGCCAAAAUGGGCAUGUGUGUCAGCAAAAUGCAGAUUGCAUCAACACUCCGGGUAGCUACCGCUGCGAUUGCAAACCUGGUUAUCGGUUCACACCUGUAGGCCGGUGUGUUGAUCGCAAUGAGUGUCUAGAGAUACCCAAUAUCUGUAGUCACGGUGAUUGCCACGACCUUGAAGGAGGUUAUAUCUGCCGUUGCCACACUGGAUUCAAAACUAAUGAUGACCAAACUAUGUGUAUGGAUAUCAAUGAAUGUGAACGAGACCCAUGUGGAAAUGGUACAUGCAGAAAUACAGUCGGCUCCUUCAACUGCCGCUGUCAUACGGGAUUUAUCCUGUCUCACAAUAACGACUGCAUAGACGUUGACGAAUGUGCCAGUGGGAAUGGAAACCUGUGCAGAAAUGGUCGAUGCAUCAACACCAUUGGGUCUUUCCAGUGUCUUUGCAACGAUGGUUAUGAGAUGCCUCCAGAUGGAAGGGUCUGCAUUGAUAUCAAUGAGUGUGCCCUGGAGCCUGGCAAAUGCGCACCUGGCACAUGUCAGAACCUGGAUGGCUCAUAUAGAUGCAUCUGCCCACCUGGGUACAUUCUGCAGAAUGACAACUGCGAUGACAUCGACGAGUGCGCAGAAGAAGCCGAGAUCUGUGCUUUGGGCACCUGCAGCAACACCCGGGGCAGCUUCGUCUGUCUGUGUCCUGAAGGGUUCAUAGUGUCUUCGACUGGACGGAGAUGUCAAGAUCUGAGAGUGAGCUACUGCUUUACUAAAUUUGAAGAUGGGAAGUGUUCCAUUCCAAAAUCCAGGAAUCAUUCCAAGCAAGAAUGCUGCUGCAACAUGCAUGGCGAAGGAUGGGGUGAUCCAUGUGAACUGUGUCCAGAAGAAGGAGAAGAUGCUUAUCGGCAGAUUUGUCCAUUUGGAUCUGGCAUUCUGGUGGGCCCUCUUGGUGAACCAAUUGAUGCGGAUGAGUGUCAGGAUGCAGAGAACUGCAAAUUUGGUCAGUGUAUCAACACAGAUGGCUCCUUCCGCUGCGAGUGCCCAUUUGGUUACCUGCUUCAAGGAACUGAAUGCGUAGACACUGAUGAAUGCUCGGUAGGAAACCCAUGUGGAAAUGGAACUUGCAAGAACAUUAUUGGAAGCUUCGAAUGUACUUGUGAAGAAGGGUUUGAGCCAGGUCCAAUGGUGACUUGUGAAGAUGUGAAUGAAUGCGCUCAGAAUCCGCUCCUGUGUGCCUUCCGGUGUGUGAACACCUAUGGAUCCUAUGAAUGCAAAUGCCCUGCUGGCUACGUUCUCAGAGAGGACAAGCGGAUGUGCCGAGAUCAGGAUGAGUGUGAAGAAGGAAUUCAUGACUGUGAGUCAAAGCAAAUGAUGUGCAAAAACCUGAUAGGAACUUACAUGUGCAUAUGUGGGCCAGGAUUCCAGCGAAGACCCGAUGGUGAAGGCUGCAUGGAUGAGAAUGAGUGUCAAACCAAACCCGGGCUGUGUGAAAAUGGACGCUGUGUAAACACACAAGGAAGUUUCCGAUGCGAAUGCCAUGAUGGGUUCAGUGUCAACGAAGCUCAGAAUGAAUGUAUAGAUAACAGAGAAGGCUACUGCUUCACUGAAGUCCUGCAGAGUAUGUGCCAGAUCGGAUCCAGCAACAGGAACCCCGUGACCAAAUCGGAGUGCUGCUGCGAUGGUGGGCGAGGAUGGGGGCCCAACUGCGAGCUCUGCCCCUUCAUGGGCACAGUGGCCUUCAAAAAGCUUUGUCCUCUCGGCCGCGGAUACACGACCAGCGGAGCAGAUAUUGACGAGUGCAAGGUUAUUCAUGAUGUUUGCCGGAACGGAGAGUGUAUCAAUGAGAACGGAUCGUACCGCUGUCAUUGCAAAGAGGGCUACACUACAGAUAUAACUGGGACACUUUGUAUAGAUCUGAAUGAGUGCAAUGAGUCUCCAAAACCUUGCAAUUUUAUCUGCAAAAAUACAGAGGGAAGCUUUCAGUGUUCAUGUCCAAAAGGUUACAUCUUGCAAGAAGAUGGGAGAAGCUGUAAAGACCUUGAUGAAUGUGCCACAAAACAACACAACUGCCAGUUCCUUUGUGUCAACACCAUCGGGGGCUUUACUUGUAAAUGUCCCCCUGGCUUUACACAGCACCAUUCAGCAUGUAUCGAUAAUAAUGAAUGUGCCACUGACCUCAAUCUCUGUGGAGCAAAGGGCAUUUGUCAAAACACACCCGGGAGCUUCAGUUGUGAAUGUCAGCGCGGCUUUGCACUCGACCAGACUGGUGUCAGCUGUGAAGAUGUUGAUGAGUGCGAUGGAAAUCACAGGUGUCAACAUGGCUGCCAAAAUAUAAUUGGAGGAUACCGGUGCAGCUGCCCACACGGAUAUCUGCAGCAUUACCAGUGGAACCAGUGUGUCGAUGAAAAUGAGUGCCUCAGUGCCCACAUCUGUGGCGGAGCGUCUUGUCACAACACUUUGGGAAGCUACAAGUGCAUGUGCCCUACUGGAUACCAGUUUGAGCAGUUCACGGGAGCGUGCCAAGACGUCAAUGAGUGUGGCUCUUCGCAAGCCCCAUGCAGCUAUGGCUGCUCCAACACCGAAGGCGGCUAUGUCUGUGGAUGCCCACCUGGAUACUUCCGAAUAGGACAAGGGCACUGCGUUUCUGGAAUGGGGCUUGGGAAAGGGCAUGGCCAGGACCUGUCGGUCAGUGGUGAAGUAGAUGACAAUUCGCUUUCUCCAGAAGCAUGCUACGACUGUAAAAUCAAUGGGUAUCCAAAGAGAGGAAGGAAGCGGCGAAGCGCUAACGAUACGGACGCAGUGGAUGCAGAGGAUAAGCCUGAAUCAGAGGCCACCGUUAACCUUGCCAGCUGGGAUAUCGAAAAGCCAGCCACCCUUUCUUUCAACAUCUCCAGUCUUAAUAACAAAGAUAGCAUCUUGAAACUGAUCCCUGCUCUCACAACUCUGACAAAUCACAACCGAUAUUUAAUAGACCAUGGGAAUGAAGCUGGUUUCUUUAGGAUAAAUCAGAAAGAAGGAGUCAGUUUCCUUCACUUAACGAAGAAGAAGCCAGUGCCUGGAGCCUACUCAUUACAAAUCAGUAGCAUUCCACUCUAUAAGAAGAAGGAACUGCUCCAGCUUGAAGAUAAACAUGACAAAGACUACCUCAGUGGUGAGCUAGGAGACAACCUGAAAAUGAAAAUUGAAAUUUUGCUUCAUUAAUACACCAACAAGAGACCAAAUAAUUAAAGCCAAAGAUAGCUAGGUGAGACUUGAAUGUUUUAUUUCCCGAUAAGGUUCUCCAUAUCACAGGUACAAUUUUUCAUGAAUAUAUUUGAACAUGUGAGCAUUAUUCCAUUUCGACAUAAGCAAGGUACAGGAAGAAAACUGUAGCUCACAACAACCACUUUCUCAGGCUUCUUGUAAGUGUAGCUACCUUGAAUCAUGAACACCAAGACUGCUGUUGGAUGCUGUGGCGAUAACCUAUCAGCAGCGAUACAGGAACACAAGUUCUAUCAAGUGGAUUCUUCUAUAUUUCUUUAAAAAAUCUUAAAAUCCGCUUCUCCAGCUACAUCUUACUAGGUCAGCCGUUUAUGAUAUCCAUUUGGUGCUAGAAAAUGUCCAACCUAGAUUUUAUAAAUGCACUGUAAUAUAUACACAACUUAGAAGCCAAAGAAAUUACUCAGUCUAAAUGCAUCAAUCAACCAAAGUUUAUCUCCGUAGUUUAUCUCAGUUAUACCUAUAAUACAGUACAUGUAAAUUAAGUGUGUGUAUACUGUAACCAUGCUAUUUUUAUCCAUGAAGCAUUUGUAAACUAGAUUAAUAACACCCUUCAUGUAAGGGUUCAUAACGGUGCUUAUAAGACCAACUACUUAACUGUAUACACAAAUCUGGUGAUGGAAGUUCUGUGACAAUCAAAAUGCACUGAAGUCAGUGGGGACCAUUAAACAUUCUCAGAAGUCGCAUGACACAGUGCCAUCCAGUUACACGCUGACAUAAUGUAACACAUGUUAAAGAGUUCCUACCAUGAUUCAUAUCAACUAGGGUUCAAUGUCAAAUGUCACAAUAAAACAGUUCUUUUUUUAGUUCA